AGGAGCCCAGUGCAGGCCGCAGAGUCGGGGCCGCUGCGAGCCGAGACCGCGGGCCGCGGAGCCCGCACGGCCGGCGCGGAGAAUUCGUUCCUGCCGAAGAGUAAGUCCUCGAUUCCCAGGCCCUUUGAGGUCUGAGGAGGAGUCCAGUAGGUGAGAUUCUCUACCUCUAAGGAGAAACAGUACCUGCUCCUUCAGCAAGAGCAAGCUCUCCGUUGCUAUGGAUACCGAAUCCACGUAUUCUGGAUACUCUUACUAUUCUAGUCAUUCGAAAAAAUCUCACAGACAAGGCAUGUAUGGAUGUACACACGCAGAAAGGGGUCUGGAAGGAUAGUGUCGGAGCUGCCCAGAGUGGUCAUCCACCGGGAAGGGGGCCACACAGGAUGGGAAAGAAAUAGAGAGAGGCACAAAUCACCCCGGAAUAAAGAUGGCAGAGGGUCAGAAAAAUCUGUCACCAUUCAAGCUCCCACUGGAGAGCCCUUGUUGGCAAAUGAUUCUACUCGGACGGAGGAAGCUCAGGAUGACAACUGGGGGGAGACCACCACGGCCAUCACAGGCACGUCAGAGCACAGCAUCUCGCAGGAGGACAUCGCCCGCAUCAGCAAGGACAUGGAGGACAGCGUGGGGCUGGACUGCAGGCGCUACCUGGGCCUCACCGUUGCCACGGUGCUCGGACUCCUGGUCUUCCUCACCCCCAUCGCCUUCAUCCUGCUGCCCCCCAUCCUGUGGCGGGAGGAGCUGGAGCCUUGUGGCACCAUCUGCGAGGGACUCUUCAUCUCCAUGGCGUUCAAGCUCCUGAUUCUGCUCAUCGGGACCUGGGCGCUGUUCUUCCGCAAGCAGAGAGCCGACGUGCCGCGGAUCCUCGUGUUCCGUGCGCUCUUGCUGGUCCUCAUCUUUCUCUUCGUGGUCUCCUAUUGGCUUUUUUACGGGGUCCGCAUUUUGGACUCUCGGGACCGAAAUUACCAGGGCAUCGUGCAAUAUGCCGUCUCCCUCGUGGACGCCCUCCUCUUCAUCCACUACCUGGCCGUUGUCCUGCUGGAGCUCAGACAGCUGCAGCCCAUGUUCACGCUGCAGGUGGUCCGCUCCACUGACGGCGAGUCCCGCUUCUACAGCUUUGGACACCUGAGUAUCCAGCGAGCAGCAUUGGUGGUUCUGGAAAAUUACUAUAAAGAUUUCACCAUCUAUAACCCCAACCUCCUAACAGCCUCCAAAUUCCGAGCAGCCAAGCACAUGGCCGGGCUGAAAGUCUACAACGUAGAUGGCCCCAGUAAUAACGCCACUGGUCAGUCCCGGGCAAUGAUCGCCGCAGCUGCUCGGCGCAGGGACUCGAGCCACAACGAGUUGUAUUAUGAGGAGGCGGAACAUGAACGGCGGGUGAAGAAGCGGAGAGCAAGGCUGGUGGUUGCAGUGGAGGAGGCCUUCGUCCACAUCCAGCGUCUCCAGGCUGAGGAGCAGCAGAAAGCCCCAGGGGAGGUGAUGGACCCCAGGGAGGCCGCCCAGGCCAUCUUUCCCUCCAUGGCCCGGGCUCUGCAGAAGUACCUGCGCACCACCCGGCAGCAGCACUACCACAGCAUGGAGAGCAUCCUGCAGCACCUGGCCUUCUGCAUCACCAACAGCAUGACCCCAAAGGCCUUCCUCGAGCGGUACCUCAGCACGGGUCCCACGCUGCAGUACGACCGGGAGCGCUGGCUCGCCAUGCAGUGGCGGCUCGUCAGUGAUGAGGCCGUGACCAGCGGGCUGCGGGAUGGACUCGUUUUUGUCCUCAAAUGCUUGGACUUCAGCCUCGUAGUCAAUGUGAAGAAAAUUCCGUUCAUCAUGCUCUCGGAAGAGUUCAUAGACCCCAAGUCUCACAAAUUUGUCCUUCGCUUACAGUCUGAGACGUCAGUUUAAAAGUUCUAUAUUUGUGGCUUUAUUAAAAAAAAAAAGAAUAUAUAGAGAGAUAUAUAUGUAUACCAGAGGGGCAUCUUUGUUUUUAUUAUUCUUCAUUGCUGACUGAACUGGCAGAUGAGAGACCAGGGUCCUUUGACCAUCUGCACUUUAUUUGGAAGGAAGCAGAAGAUGUCCGUCCUGGAAAAAAGUGACUGAUGACAUCUGACUUGGGGAUGGGACGUCUCUCGAGAAGCCGUUCCCUGGCGUUUCUGUGACAGCUGCAAACCAAAGCGGAGCUGGAGGUUCUUGGGAACCUCGCCUUACGACUCGUCCCUGCCUUUCGUCCAGCACCCAGCCCUGCCCUGGCUUCUGGCCAUCCCACUCGUGGGCCUCUGGGGA